CUAUCUGAUCGAGAGAAAUCCAAAAUUAGUCUUUGAGUCUUGAAAAAAAACAAAAAGUUUCUAAUAUAUUAUUUGACCUUCUUCCUCCUUGUUCUUGCUCCAUCAGUACAAAACCACAUAUUCAUUAAAAAGAAGAAAGAAUUGACAACUAUGGAAGCUUGGUUAGCUCAAUUGGAAAUGGAAACAGAUCCACCAGUUCCAACUUUAAUCAACAAUUCUUACCACCAAUAUCACCAUAGUGAAACUAUAGAAGCAUCUUUUGAUGAAGAUAUUGCUGUUAUGCUUGGUGAAGAUUUCCCUUAUACUCUUCCCAUAGAGAAUAACAACAAAAAUGAUGAUAACGAUUACAAUAUCAUUAUGGGAUCGAAUGUCCAAGAAAAACAACGAUGCAAGAAUAAAGAGAUGACUGAGAAGCAAGCAGAGUGUGGAGGUACAAAGAGAAAACGACGGCCCGACCAAGUGCAAGAUCACAUCAUAGCUGAAAGGAAGCGUCGAGAAUUGCUUAGCCAAAUGUUCAUUUCUCUCUCUACCAUGGUCCCUGGCCUUAAAAAGGUGGACAAAACAUCCGUCUUAGGAGAGGCAAUCACAUAUAUUAAGAAACUUCAAGAGAGAGUAAAGAUACUUGAAGAAGUAGCUGCAAAGAGGACAAUUGAGUCCAUGGUAGUGGUUAAAAAAUCUCAAAUAAUAGUGGAUGACAAUGAUGGGGAUGGUAAUGAAUCUUCCUCGGACGUGGAUGACAAUUCUGCGAGUAAUAAUAAUGGUUCACUUCCUGAAAUCGAAAUUAAAAUGUCCGAGAAAACACUCCUCUUGAGAGUACAUUGCGAACAACAAAGGGGGACUUUGCGCAAGUUAAUGGCAGAGAUACACAAGCAUGAGAUGAAUAUUACUAAUUUUAGCGUUAUACCGUUUGAGAAUUUGACUCUUGAGAUUGCGAUUGUUGCACAGAUGGAAAAAGGCUUCAACAAAAACGUGGAAGAUUUUGCUAGAACUAUUCGCUCCGUGGUCCAAAUGGAGAGGAAUACUUCAUAGGUGACUUCUAGUUCUUGAAAAGUUGAACAAAGGGCAAUCGAGGUUCAUGGAUGUCUAAGAGAUUUGGAUUUAAUAUCAUGUACUAGGAAAAAUUAUGAACGUAUGAUCAUGUUUUGCAAUUAAAUGCCACGUUUUCAUUAUUUUUGUGUGGAAACAUGAGAUUUAUCAAUAUUGAUGGAGUAUGUAAUGUAUUAAUUAUUAAUUAUUUAUUACCUAUGGAUGGUAAUAGUUGCUGGUUACUGGAAUUAAUUAUUAAUUAUUCCAUAUCUUAUUGUUUUAAUUACUCUUUCA